AGAAGCGAGGGUGGGGAGGUCAUGCAGCGUCCGGGGCGUCCCGCUCCGAGCCGCUGCCGCCGUCGAGGAGAAGCCCGGCUUUCCUCGCUCCCUCCAGGUCGGAGACGGGGAGAGGUAGCGGACAGGAAGGCGCGCGGACCGGUUCCCCAUAAGAAGGGACGGCAGUGGUCCGUCCCGGGGCGGGGAAGGGGCGUUUGCAAAGCCCGGAGGAGACUUAGGGGAGGGGUCUGAGGGGGGAAUCCCGGCGAAGUUUCUCUUUAGCGGGAAGCGACGCUAAGCGGAGCUUCACUCCUCCCAGCAACCCGCGGUCGGCGAGGCGAGGCUCUGCAACUGCUCCGGAGGAGCCAAAGCGGCCGUCCCCCGCCCGGAGGGGCCUCCUCCUCCUCCGGCCCUCUCCAGGCCCGUUUUUCCCUGCCGUCCAACGGGACCAUGGCUAGGACCGGCUGCGGCCCUGGCUGCAGCCUUCCCCAGCCGCCCCCGUUUCGCUUUCUGGACCUGGUCUUUGCCCUGGGGGGCACCCUCGCCUUCCUGCUGGACUUGGUGGCCGACGUGUGGGUGGCUGCCAGCUACCUCCGAGCCGGCCACUUCCACUGGGGCGGGCUGGUGCUGGGGCUGCUGCUCCUCUCCUCCCUGACGACCCAGUUCUUUAGUUGGGCUUGGUUCCGGAGUGACUCCGAUAAAGAAGGCCUCUGCCAGCCAUCUGCCCGGACUUCGAAGCUGCUCCAUGUCCUACAGCUCGGCUACCUGUACAGGUGUCUCUGUGUCCUGAGGGUCGGUUUCCAGGCGUGCAAGAUGGAAGAUCCAACAGCAACUCAUCAGGCCUUUGCCAUUUUCCUGUCACACGACGUCAGUCUCUUGCGCCUCUUUGAGACCUUUCUGGAAAGCGCACCUCAGCUCAUCCUGGUGAUCUACAUCAUCUUACAGACCAACCAAGCUGAGAUAUUUCAAGUACUUGGGAUUUGUACAUCUUUUCUGUGUAUCACCUGGGCCCUCUUGGAUUACCACCGGACCCUACGUAGCUUCCUGAGGGACAAAUACAAGUUGGCCUUCCUGUCUUCGGUCCUCUACUUCCUGUGGAACUUCCUGUUGAUGUGUCCUCGCAUUCUUUCAUUGGCAGUCUUUGCAGUUGUCUUCUCGGGCUACAUUUUCCUCCACUUCCUAGGCAUCUGGUUGGUCAUGUUUCUCUGGGUCUCCUUGCAAGGGACAGACUUGAUGGAACAUGAAACCUUUGAGUGGUUUUACCGAGCUACAGUAGCUGUUAUCCUCUAUUUCUGCUGGUUCAAUGUGGCCGAGGGGAAAACGCGCCACCGCUCAGCUAUUUACCACAUUUUCCUAUUUGUGGAUAAUGGCAUCCUGAUUGUGUCAUGGUGGUGGUACAGAAUUCCCUUGAGUUGGGAUUCCCAAGUGUGCUUUGCACUCCUGGCUGCCCUGGUCUGUUAUGCCCUUGGCAUUUUCUUUAAAUGCGUCUAUUACAAGUGUUUUCAUCCCGCUAUGAAAACUGCACUCAUUACGGAUUACGAUGAAGUAGACAGCAAUGAUGCUGUUGUGUUCCGGCAAAUGGUUAUAAAAAAGCCCAUCAUCAACCAUCGGACAUAUAGACUCUCUUGGAGCUUCUUUGCUGGCUCUUUGGCAGAGGAGACUCAGCACCAACAGAAUGGGACCGUCAGUGAUAUGUAUCUAUGAGCCAUGCUGUUUAGGGCAGCCAAGACUAUAGUUGAAUUAGAUUCAGAAAACAUUUGUACCAGUUUGCCUGCUGAAAUCAUGUCUAUGUUUCUUCCAGGAUUAGCAACAUAAGCUAAACCAAAUAAGCUAGGAAGGAAGUGUUAUUAGUUAAGGAUGAGAUUGUUGAAGAGAAUCUUUAGCAGGGUGUGGAAGAUAUGAUGCAACAUCAGCAGGUAUGGCCAAACAAGGCCUAAGUUGAAGAAUGCUAGGAAAUGUAGUUAGCAAAUUCAGAUGUUCAUAGGUACAUCAUUAUUGUUUUUGAUGUCUCUAAUCUGGAUUCUAUGACUUGCACCUUAUGGUGGAUUGCAAUACUUCUCAGUUCUGGUGCACUUUUCAAACUUUAUACCUUUAAUCUUAAAUUCAGGCCUUCACUUCACUGUACUUGACUUCCCACCUGCCCGUGCUCUGAUGUUACACGAGAAAAAAUUAGUUGAAAUGGUCAUAUGCUUCCCCUUUUCUUUAAUGUGUCCAUCGGAAGGGUUCCAAACUGCCACUUCUCCUUUUUAACUAGUUCUUGCCAUAGUAUCUGAACUAUGACAUCAAGGUUUCUAUGGAUAUCAUAGUUUAUCUGGAAAAACACAUAAUCCUUAAAGCGUAAGCUAUAAACUGACUUUAAUAUACCACUUUGAAGAUGAACUAUAGUUUAGAAAAUGCUAUAGUUCAUGGUGCUGAGACAUUUCCAAUCUCAUUGAGAUGAGGAAGUUCACUGUAAUUAUCUAUGGUUUGAUAUGGGGACUGAUGGAAAUAGAAUUCUAAAAUGCCUGGAAGACAUUAGACUUUGCUUUAAUGCAACAUCUGGAUUAGCUGGAGUAGCUUCAGCCCUUCUCCUCUGUUCUACUUGAUUUUGGAUACCUGUGCCCAAAUAGUUUAUAUUUCAAGAGUUUUGAGAGGACAGUCCUUAUUCCAAUUUCCAAGUUAUCUUGAAGGGAAGCUUAGAAAACAUGCCUAACACUUCUGGAUUUGGCUCUCUUCCUAUGCCUUAUGUGGCUAAUUUUAAAAAGUGUUACUUUAGAUUUUCACAAUGAUUCAGAUUGACUGGAAUCAGCAAAAAUAUAUAUGGCAGAAAUGUGCAUAUUCAACAUAUUCAAGCCUCUAAUAGACAAGAUUCAAGUUGGAGUGGAGGGAAUAGCAAAGCUCUAGGGAAGGAUUUAGUAUACAUACUUCGGCAUUUAAAAAAAAUCCAAACCCUCUCCUGCUUUUCACUUCAGAAAGUGGAUACACUAGUCUUAACCUAUCUCCCUCCUUUCACUAAACUUUCUCCCAGUUUAUUAUUAUUUUAUAUAUAGUAAUGCCAAAUUCAGUGCAACUGUUAAUUUAUUGACACUUCUGAAAUGUUUACCCUGAGUAAAGUAUUUCAC